CUGCAACAUGACGCAAUUCAUACACGCACAUAUGGAAGGUGUAAUAAAUCCUACCCCUCUACAUUCCUUUCCCUGGUAUGCUGCAUGCAGCACAAUGUAUGCCUUUUCGUCUACGGGUAAGCGAAAACCUGAUUUCUGAGGCCUCUCCAUGGAAUAUUUCACCGAAAGAAGGGACAGACAAUACAGACAAACAGACAGGACACGCAUGCAUACUGUGCAGCCCGAGGCUGAGGUCUGAUCAUGAUUGCAAUCCUUCCAUUCUCCCAAUUGGACCCCACAGAUUCUACAAACAUGUUUGCAAGUUGCGAAUUGUGUAGUAAGAAACACAAGCGACGGCCGGAUACGGAUAUACAAGUGCAUGCACGGCUGACUAGUCGAUAAAGUGUAAUGGAUUCGCUUACGGCGAGUGGUUCCGUAGGAAGACCGGAUACCGGCAACCCUAUGGCAAUCUCGAUAUCUGUGUCUUAUCUUCCGCCAGCGGCAUCGUAUACUCCAUGUAU